CUCCGGCCGCCCUCCCGAGCCGCCGGGACCGUUUCCGCGUGUCCUCCUGCGCGCGUGUGCCCCGCUGCCUGCGCGCGCGGGGUGUUGGGUUUGGGUGGGAUUUUCUUUUUUUUUUUUCCCAUGCUUGCUCCAGGUUUUCCUUCUGGUUGCCUGUGAGGGCUUUGCUCCUCCCUUCUGAAAUCCUAUAUUAGCUGUGGCCAAAGCCGGGUAAGGAACAGAGCUCAUUGUUGGCAAGUGCCGAUGAGCCUCGCAGAGGAGUGAGCAGCGGCUCCGGGGCUGCGGCAGCGAUCGCGGCACCGUCACGUAAGCGCCGGGGAAAGAGCUGGGGAAGCCCUCUCUAUGCUGGGUGACUUUUACUGACUGAUUUCGCCGCCACCUUUAAAGCAAAGGAAGAAAGAAGCCGGGAGGUGGGCAAUGGCAGACCACAUGAUGGCCAUGAACCACGGGCGAUUCCCCGAUGGAUCCGGCGGGCUUCACCACCACCCAGCGCAUCGGAUGGGCAUGGGGCAGUUUCCCACCCCCCACCACCACCACCAGCAGCAGCAGCCGCCGCCGCAGCAGCACGCCUUCAGCGCCCUGAUGGGCGACCAUAUACAUUACGGCGCUGGGAAUAUGAACGCGAGCAGCGGCGUGAGGCACGCCAUGGGCCCGGGGAGCGUCAGUGGAGGGCACCCGGCCGGCAGCAUGCCGCCCACCGCUCGCUUCAGCGGCUCCCAGUUCAUGGCCCCCCCCGUCGCCAGCCCGGGAGGGCAACUGAGCGCCAGCAUGCAGCUCCAGAAGCUGAACAACCAGUACUUCAGCCACCACCCGUACUCCCACAGCCACUACAUGCCGGACUUGCACCCCGGCAGCCACCAGCUGAACGGCAGCAGCCAGCAGCAUUUCAGGGACUGCAACCCCAAGCACGGCGGCAGCGGCGGCAGCAGCGGCUUGCCUCCCGCCGUCCCCCACGUCCCCGCGGCAAUGCUGCCGCCCAAUGUCAUAGACACUGACUUCAUCGACGAGGAGGUCCUCAUGUCCUUAGUCAUCGAAAUGGGGCUGGAUCGCAUCAAGGAGCUUCCCGAGCUGUGGUUGGGACAGAACGAGUUUGACUUCAUGACAGACUUCGUUUGCAAACAGCAGCCCAGCAGGGUGAGCUGCUGAUUCAUUUAAAACAAACAAAGGACUUUCUAUCGGUGCGAAUGAAAACAUUCCCCCAGACACGGUGUCUCACUUUUCAGGGCUUGAAAAGGUGAGAGUCUGGAAAGCAGAGUCAACUAUGCGCUUGUAUAAAUUUUUUUUUCUUCUUCUUUAAUCGCUGACACUUUUUUUUUUUUUGUAGCUUUUGACAUUCACGUCCCCUCCCGUAGUAAUAAUUUCUAGCGAACUCUGCCUUUUUAUGUUGGUCGCCCCCCUCCCCUCCUCGCACUCUUCAUUUCCUCGCAGUAACGUGCCCAUAAUUCCCACAGUGCUGAACUGUUAGAUAUUAAUCUUGGCAAAUUGCUUAAUCUUGUGGAUUUUGUAAACGAUGAUUUCCAAUGACUUGAACCGCAUUCAGAUUCUGAGUGAACAGGGGAAAAAAAAUAUUGCAUUAGUUGGUUGCAUGAACUUUGAAGGGCAGAUACUACUGCACAAAUGCUGCCAUCUUGCUUAAUUUUUAACUAUGCAUUGCAGUGCAGACUAAGAUUUCUUCUUUUUUUUCCUUUUUUUUUUUUUUUUACCUUUUCUGAAUACACUAAACUGGAAGCUUAACAGAUGUGGGCCAAACCUUUCCAGAUCAGGAAAAGUGAUACUGUUACUUUAAAAAAGUCUGCUACCCAUUCCCCCUCCCCCAUAUGUACAGACAAUAAUAUGGUGUGGAUGGAAUGUUGACUAGUGGCAAACAUUUCACAGAUUUUUUUUUUUAAUUAUUAUUUUGUUUCUGUCUUCAGCAUUUUGACACUGUGCUAAUAUAGUUUAUUCAGUACAUGAAAAGAUACUACUGUGUUGAAAGCUUUUCAGGAAAUUUUGACAGUAUUUUUGUACAAAACAUUUUUUUGAGAAAAUAUUGUUAAUUUAUUCUAUUUUAAUUUGCCAAUGUCAAUAAAAAGUUAAGAAAUGCUUUAGUUUUUCUAGAAGUCAUUUACCAAUAUUUUUCUUCAAAAUUCUUCCCCACUGUCCCUGGUAAGUAGAGCAUCUAUCCGUACAACCCUGUCAGUGUGCAAAAAGACAUUCCAAAAUAGAAGGUACACUACACCCAUAUAUAUGUCAUGGUGAACUCGGUAGGUGAGCGGGAUUUGAACAUCCUUACAGCAUAAAGCCUCAUACGUAACAUUGUAUUAUGCCUGUCAGUGUGGUUUUAUGAAAAAUAAAAGUUGCCGUCACGCAACUUUUUUGUGACUUGCCAACAUACUUGCUUUAAAUGUAGUUGUCCAGAGUUAUGAUGCAUAAAGUAUUUAUUAUAUUUAUCUAUUAAACUUGUAAUUUUAUAAAUCUGCUUUCAUUUAUAUAGUAGACUCUGUUCUUUUGUAUAUUUGUUAAUCUCACCUGGAAGACCUAUGUAAAAAGGUUGAGCACUUCAAGUGCAAGUCUUUGUAAUUUGGGACAGGGGGAGGGUGGUGGAUGUUCUCCUGUCCAUCUUGCCUCACAGGAUCAACACAGGAGGUUGCUGCAUCAAGACAGAUCUGCAUCACACCAGAGCUGGUUGAGUUUCAUUUCCAGUGACCUCGGAGAAAGGGCAUAUAUCCUUAAAAUACUCCACCGUGGGACAUCUCAGAUCCCUUUCUGCCAGAAAUUGCUACCAGAUAAUGCCACUGAAACAAAUUCAUACAGCAAUUCUACUUUAAAAUAAUUGUGAGAAAAACGCCCGUUCUUAUAAAGCAAUUGACAUCUUGCUCCUUUAGUGCCAACUUGUUGCAGCCUUCUGCCCCUGCUCGGCCUUUGGCAAAGCUCCUGCACAAGCUAUUACUUCGUUGAGGACUGUGGGAUCAGGACCCCGAUAAUACAUGUAAUCUUGUUUAGCCACGCUUCCUGAGUUCAAUACAGGAGUGAUACCACUAUGCUUUCUUUUUCCUUACUUUUUCAUCCACUUCUUCUGAAUUUAUUAGGAAGAAAACCAGCAUAGUGGAUGUAGUUAAAUUUCAUAACUGGGCAAGUAAAUGGGGCAGGAUAUCACCAGACAAUCGGAAUGUAAAUAGCAGUGUUUUGAAUUGAGCUGGGAAAUUAAACUGAUUACUAUUGCUAAAACUGUCCCAGCUGGUGAGAAAAGUGAUACUUUGCCUUACAG